ACACGCUUAUCUGCGGCUUAACGAUGGGAACUAAUGGCAAUGGCCGCCGCGGAGGGGCAAAACUGACCGAUGUUCGUCGCCCUAUGGAAGAAGGGGAUUGCAUUAACGAUAUGGAGAGUCCUGAACUGGACUUCGUUUACGAUGAUUGCGAUACUCAGAUUAACGAGAUUGCAGAAUUGUACAGCUACACAGAACAUCCAGAAUUUCAAUUGAACGUGAAGGCAUUCGAAGAAAUUAUGGAAGAGUUUAGUUACCCUCCAAGUUGGCAAAGAUUGAGUAAUACACAACAAAGAACAGUGAUUAUGAAAUUAUUGGAACAUUUAGACGUGGCUGUAAGUGAGAUCCGAAUGCGUGCAACGCGAUGUAUACUAUACUUGGCUCAGGGAUGCUGGGCAGAAAUACAGUCAGAUACGGAACAGGCGCACUGGGCGCGCAUCAAUGUUAUGACUCUUUACGACAUGGGAACAUUUUCAGCGUUUGUUGAAUUAUUAAACCUCGAAAUUGUAAGAAGCAACAAUGCAAUAGCUUCUAGAAAACUUGCAGAGUCCCUUGCAGACUCUACCAAUCUCAGGGUAAUUUUGUCUGUCCUUUAUUUGAUCACUGAAUACAUGAGAACUGAAAAAGAUAAUCCUGACUCAGAAUAUGAACAUUUAGUCAAAAAUUUUAAGGAAGAGCUUGGAACACCAUUUGGUGAAGAGUUAUUACCUGUGAAACUACUUAGUAUGGUAACACAUCUCUGUGCAGGUACUACUCCACAUUUCCCAAUGAAAAAAGUAUUGCUUCUACUGUGGAAGAUUUUGUUGGUUUAUUUGGGAGGCUCUAAAGAAUUGAAAGAAAAGAAAGCAAAGCUUAGAGAGAAGUAUGGUUUGCCACCACUGUCUGAAGAUACAAUUGAGAUUAUAAAGGGCAUGAGAGCUAGCUCUCCUCCACCCAGUGCUGCUGACAUGUUAGAAAAUCAAAAUCCAGGAAAAAGAAAGAUUAUAAUGAAUGACAAUGAAAGGCAACUUCGAAGACAGACAUUCAUGAAGCAACCAUCUCUUGAUGAAUCUGAUGAGCAAAUAUUUGUUGAUAAAGAAGAAACAGGCAAUGGUUCUGAAGACUAUUCUAUGGAGUUUCAAUCUAUGCCAAGUGAAAACUCACAAAAUGCAAAUAGCAACCAAAACUGCCAAUAUUAUAUGUAUUUUAAACAAUUUGAGAGCCCACCCCCACCUCCUCCAUUGCCAAGAAGCUUGCCAUGGCAGUCCAAAGUGCGCCAGAAAGAUAUUGACAUGUUCUUAGAUAAUGUAAGAAUAAAAUUUGUUGGCUAUUCGCUUCCAGGAGAUAGAUCCACCAUUGCUGGUCUUCCACAGCCAAUUCAUGAAGGCAUUGAAAUCUUAAAAAAGCACAUGUACACUAGUCUGUCUGAGUUACAAGCAGAAAGAGAAAUAGAAAUAGCCCGCAGUCCUCUUACAAAAGGUGAACAAGAGGUUGAAGAAACAGAGGUUGAAAUUCUUUACAAAGCCAUGCUACCUAAUCUACCUCAGUAUAUGAUUGCUCUGUUGAAAAUACUCCUAGCUGCUGCACCUACCUCUACUGCUAAGACGUACUCUAUCAACAUUAUGGCAGAUUUAUUACCUGAAGAAAUGCCCAUGACAGUAUUACAGUCACUGAAAUUGGGUUUAGAUGUGAACAGACACAAAGAAAUAAUUGUAAAAGCUGUAACAGCUAUUCUGCUACUUCUUUUGAAGCAUUUUAAACUAAAUCAUGUUUAUCAGUUUGAAUUUAUGUCCCAACAUCUUGUUUAUGCAAAUUGCAUGCCUCUAGUACUGAAAUUUUUUAAUCAGAACAUCCUCUCAUAUGUUGGUGCCAGAAGCACAAUACCAAUAUUUGAUUUUCCUGCAUGUGUAAUUGGGGAACAACCUGAGCUUACCAAGGAAUGCUUGGAUAUAGGAGACUCAGUAGUUCCAUACUCAUGGAGGAAUGUAUUUUCCUGCAUAAAUUUAUUGAGAAUUUUGAAUAAAUUGACAAAGUGGAAAAAUGCAAGAAUAAUGAUGCUAGUCGUCUUUAAAAGCGCGCCAAUAUUGAAACGGACGCUAAAAGUGCGACAUGCACUUAUGCAAUUUUAUGUGCUCAAGUUGCUGAAAAUGCAGACCAAGUAUUUAGGUCGUCAGUGGAGAAAGACCAACAUGAAGACUAUAAGCGCCAUCUAUUCCAAGGUUAGACACAGGUUGAAUGAUGACUGGGCAUUUGGUAAUGAUGUAGAUGCAAGACCCUGGGACUUCCAAGAUGAGGAGUGUGCCCUAAGAGUGAGUGUUGAUCUAUUCAACCACAGGCGAUAUGGUACGGGAGGGGAACAAGAUAAUGAUCUGACACCUUUAGAAACUGAUAUAAAUUGUAUAUUGGAAACCAAUGUGGAGCUUGAUGAGGAAUUCAAAGAGAAUUAUGAGACAUGGCUUGAACAGGAAGUAUACAAUAACGAAAUCAACUGGGAUGUACUGUUAAAUGUAUGAACUGAUGUAAUGUUUGUACAUUUUACAAAACUAGAUUUUGCAGAGGUUAACAAGUUACAAUUCUGUAAAAAAUUGUUUUUUUUAUAAUAUAAUGUCAGUUUAGCUAUUUAUUUGUUUAUGCAUUAAAACUUUGAUUAACUCUGUUUUAUGAAUGACAACUUUAAGAUUUAUGUUCACAGAAAACAUUUAGGAUAUAUAGAUGCAAUGUGGAUUGAGGU